AUGAUUGACGAAGCAUGCUGCUGCACUUGCGCCACGCUGUUGUCGGUUAUUUCGCCACAGUAUGAUGAGAAGACGGAGAAGCCCACAGUGCAGGAUCGCCGGUUGGAAUGUUGCGGUCGAGUUAUCUGUGGAAAGUGUAUAGCAGACAAUCCUCGAUUUGCGUCUUACUGCCCGUUCUGCCAAGUCUCAUCCGGCCCAUCUUCAUUACCUCAAGGCCUUCGUGAUCCUCCAGCGUACUCGCCGCCUCCUUCUCCUCGUCCCGCCCAUGCUACUUUGGCCUCGCCACCGGACAGCGAGGAGCCCCCAGCGUAUUCUGCAUUGAACAUUUUCACGCCACUAAGAGAAGAGUACCGUUCAGCUUCGGAAGCUCCAGCAGAGGAUGUUUUGCAUUUCCUGAAUCCUUCCCAGGAUUCACUACUGUCACUCUCACUACGCUACGGCGUUUCCCAAGAUGCGCUGAGGCGAAAGAAUGGUCUAUUCGCAGACCAUCUGCUGGCGGCUCGACGAACAAUACUCAUCCCUGGAGAGUUUUACAAAGGAGGCAUCAGCCUGAGUCCUGAACCAAUGGAGAGCGAGGAGGAAGGAAUUCGGAAAGCGAAGGUCAGACGGUGGAUGGUUGCGUGUAAAGUUUCAGAAUAUGACAUUGCUCUCCUCUACCUUCAACAAUCAGACUACAACCUGGGUCUCGCUGUCGAGGCGUAUCUGGCCGACGAGAAAUGGGAAAGGGAACACCCCAUGGCGGGAGCAUCGAAACGGGGCAAGACAGGCCAGAAGCCGGGGAAGCGGAAAAUUGGCAUGCAGACAGGUCCAACCGGUCCGCUCUAA